AAGUCUGUUUAUUCUCAGCUCCUUUACUGGUUUCACUUUACUUUUCCAUGUGUUGUCAUAUAUGCAUGUAUAAUUCCAGAUAUGCUGGUUGCUAACAACUUAUCUUGGAUGGAGCUAAAUACCUGUUUGAAUUGGUAUAGUUUUGGCAACAUUAAUGAAAAGAAUUGUCUGGCUUUCAUGUCGACGAGCACGGCUGAAGCUCUACAAGGGAGUGCAAGCUCAAAAGCUUACAAGUUUGAUCAAAUUCAGGUACUGCAAGGCUUAGACCCCGUUAGGAAAAGGCCAGGGAUGUAUAUUGGAAGCACAGGGCCUCAUGGUUUGCACCAUAUGGCAUCUCCUUUUUCACUUUUGUUUUGUCGUGCUAAUACUAUUAUUUUGCUGAUUUCAUGGGAAAAAAAGAUCAAGUUGCCAUGCUCAUUGAGUGUGAUCCUUUAGGUUUAUGAAAUGUUAGAUAGUGCUGUGGAUGAGG